AUGUAUAAUUCAGGUAAUGCAGCUACGUUCCGAGAUCCUACCUGGACUGGGCAAAGCACGGUGAGAAGAUAUUGUAUUGAGCCUACUUCGACAAUUAGACAGAUACAAUCGGAUCCUCUUGUACAGGAAAAUAGUGAUGUACUAAAGUUAUAUGUAGUAUCAAGAUGUAAUUAUUCAUCUUAUGACAAAUCAUUUUUGAUCCCACAACCGCUUUCUUAUCUUUCAGAAACGGAUGCUAUAUUGAAUACUAAUGAAAAUGUUGUAAACGAUAUAUUUGAUGAUGGUGUAUCAUCUUCUGAUGACGAUUUAUUCAACAACGUUGCUUUGGACAAGCAAACGACAAAUACACACCAUUCCGUGGUGGAUGAAAAUGAUUUUUCUGGUAUAGAUUCGCCUGAAAGCUUAUUAGGAACGUUGGAAUCUAAUGAAAAUAUAAGAGAGCUUAAGCUUUCAGAUCAAUCAUACGACAAUAUCUUUGAUCCUGGACCAUUCUCCGAUGAUUUUGAAGAUGACAAUUUAGAAGAUAUAGUUCAUACAUCUUUAAAACCAAGAGAGUCAGAAAAACUUGGAAUUAGCGAUAGAAAAAAAUCAACUAGAGAAAGUAAAGCUGAAAAUAAAGCUACCCGUAAUCAUACAACUUCACCAGAUUCAAGUGAAAAACCGAUACAUAAUGCCAUAGAAACCUCAAAACUCAACCUACACUCUAUAAGUGGUGGUAAACUAUCGCAAACACCGUUCAGAAACACAUUCAAACUUACUAGUGGUGGGACUGGUGCCUACGAAAUAUCUAAGCAUUUUAAAAAGUCAAAAUCGCAAUCUUCAAAAUUAAAUACAAAUGAUAGUUUUCAAUCUAUUGCGAACUCUAACGAUAUUUUGUAUAAAAAUAUAUCAAAUUCCGAUAGAACAAGAGAAAAUGAGUUUAAACAUGAUGAUUAUCAUGAUAUAAAUGACUUUGAAAGUGAUGGUGACUAUGAUCCUGUACGGAUACCUCCAUCCAUAGCAAACAUGGGAAAGAAAAUUUCAAAGAUUAAGAAAAAUGUUAGCAGUGCUGAUCUUUUGAAUACCUGGUACUUAACGCACGAAUCACACUCUAAAUUUGAUAUAAAUUGGAAAGAUUUUAAGGAAUAUAGCAACAUGCAGCAUAACACCCGCUAUCCAAAAAGGACAAGAUUGCCACCAGUUUGUCAUUGGGACGCUUCCAAUGGUUCCAAAAAUACUGUUUGUAUUUAUAAAACUAAGGAAUCCGAUAGACCUCUCUAUGAAUCAAUCCCGGAAGUUUCUCUUGUUAUUAGUGAGGGAAAUGGGAACAUGAAAAUGCAAAUUGUGGAAGAAAGUCGUACUCCAGAGUAUACAAACAAAAAUCAGAUGGGCAAAGCUCUACCAAUUACCGACUAUAGUGAAAAGCUAAGGCAAAAUUUGAAACGAGGUGUCUCCUCAAACAGAAGGGUCGAAGAUACUGUGUUAGGCAAUAUUAGGAAACGGUCCAAGAAACUAAGAAAGGUACACAAGCCCGAUUUGUCCGUUGAUGAGGCCCUAGAUAUCUUAAAGAAUGCACCAGAUGACCAUUCCAAGAAUGGUAAAUAUCGCACUGAUAAAACUCAUUUACUUCAAGAAGAGAUGAGAAAUAUGAAUAAUUUAAAGCCAAAUAAGGCGAAAGAGGCUCCAAUCAGAACAACAGACUCAAUAAAUGUCUUGGAUGCUGACUCAACGACGGAGUACGACGGGCAGCUAAUUUCAUAUAAAUCAAUAUACAAACCGGAUGAUGUAGAAGCUCAAAUUCAUGACGGGAACAUAUUCAAACUUAUGAUAAUGGCCCAAUUCCGCACAUCAAUAAUAGUAAUACCAGGCGGAAAUUCUGUGAAUUUUGGAAACGUCAAUUCGAAUCUGAUCUUCGGCUACCUAUUUUCUGGUGAAAAUAUAAAGAUCAAAGGAUUGGAAUCUUAUAAUAUAGUUAAUGAAAAGGAUUUCUUUUAUUUACCAAUGUAUAAUGAGUGGUCCAUAGAAAAUAAUAGUAAAACACAUGACGCUGUUAUGUUUCUAUCGUUUGUUAAUGUUUAA